AUGGCUGAAGAAACGAUUGCUCCCUGGUAUACUCAAAUUUCAUCCUCUUUCGACAAGGAUGCUCAGCUUGCCAUUCGUCUGCAAUAUGAGAUUCCUAUGGAAUAUGACAUCAUAAUUCCUAACCCAGAUGAACAUCCUCACCAUCCUCCUGCUAACUUGGCUAAUUUCUAUGCUGCUUUGAUUAAUGAAGAGCUACGUCAGGAAGAGGCCCAACUUCAUGCAAAAGAACAAGAGCUUCUUACCGCACUUAAUCAGCCUUCAUCAACUGAAGUUUCAGCUCCUCCAACUGAAGCUUCCAGCUCUCAGGUGGUUCCCGAAGUUCCUGAGGGUCUUCUUGCAGAAACUACUACAGCCCCUUUUCCAACUGUUUCCUCACUAUUGGCUGUUACUCCUUCAGUGGCCAUCCCCCUUCUUGUUAUCGAGCUUACAUCCCCUGUAAGCAUAGGAAAAUCCCCUGUUGAGAUUGUCCCUAGCAAACGUCCGGGUUGCAAACUCACUAGAGCUCCCCCCUCAAAAAGGAGACUCACUCUUUCUGCUGAGGAAUUAUCCUCAGAAGAUUUUGCUCCUGCUGCCCCUUCUUCCACUGAGUCUACUCUCACCGAUCUAUAUCCUUCCCUUCUUUUUUCUUCCUCUCCUUCUACCAGCAACACCGCCCUUGGUGGUACUUCUUUUACUUUUCCUUUAUCUGUUCCCGAAUCUGGCCCUUUACCUUCUUCACUCUCUUCUUAUCUGAUUUUCGCUCCUCCUUCUAUUCCAACUGCUUCCUUUUCUGCGAGUUCCUCCACUAUUCCCGUCCUCCCUAUAUUACUGGGAGUUACGGACCUCAAUGCUGAAUUAUCUUCUAAAUUAGAGAAGCAGACUGCUGAGACCAACAAGUUAAAGUCUGAUUAUGAGUCCACCUUGGCUGAGAAACUCAAAGCUCUGCAGUUGAAGGAUGAUGAAAUAACUUCCUUAAACACUUCCUUGAAUACAGCUAGACAGAGGCCUCUACCAAAGAUGCUGAGUUGA